GCGCUUAUAAAAGACCGAUUCCUGUGAUGUGAAGGUAUAACUGAAAGUUGUUUACCAACCAUGAAACUCAUCGUUUUAGUGCUGUGCGCAGGUCUUGCUACCAUCCAUGGACGCUCCAUGAGGCCCGUUUUCUACGGUAUGUCUAGAAUCGUCCAUGGUAACGAAGUCGCCCCACAUUCGAUACCCUACCAGGGAUUGAGCACCUUCGAAGCAGGAACCUUGUGCGGUAGUAUACUGAUCUCAGACACGUGGGUUCUUACCGCCGCUGAGUGCGCAUAUGGGAGUCGCUCGGCCAAGACUAUUCUGGGUGCCCACAACAUCUCCUCCCCAGAGUCAGACACCCGACAAGUCCUCCAGUCUGAAGAAGUAAUCGUCCACGAAAACUAUUCUCCCAAUACUGACGCCAACGAUAUCGCUCUGAUCAAAUUGGCUGAGCCUGCAGUACUGACAGAUUCCGUUCAACCAGCAGUACUGCCGUCGCGUAACGAUCCAAGCUUGGUCGGCUCCAAAGGAACAGUGAGUGGUUGGGGUUAUUUCGGUUUGACGAACACGACCUUACCCUACAAUCUUAACGCCGUCACGAUCGAUAUCAUCGACGGCUACGUCUGCAAGUUGGCUUACAGCAUCUACAACAACGAGACCACAAUUUGCUCCAAGGGUGAGACGGACGAGGGCCAGUGUUGGGGAGAUGCCGGUGGACCUCUGACCGUCAACGGCAAGGUCGUAGGGAUUAUUUCUUACGGUCCGCCGUUCUGCUACAACCAGGACAAGCCCACCGCUCAGACCAGGAUCUCGUACUACUUGGACUGGAUUUCUGAGAAAACCGGAAUUGUUUUCGCUUAAACUGACAACAAAAUACUGAUUCGAACAUCAACUAAGCGCGUUUUUUUUAUAAG